UGACCGUGUCUAGCGCUCAACAGCGCUGUCUGUGGACAGAAGGGCCACACCCGCUCUCAUGAACACUUAACAGAUCUGUCACACGCUCAAGUGCAAUCCGCACCAAAAGACGAUGUAAAACGAAUCGGAGCUGUUCUCCAAAGCGAUCCCAUUGUAAUAAUAACUGAAAGCCGCAGAUGAACAUGGAGUCUCCGCCAGAGCCCGUCACGGCGCCGCGCAAGAGCGUUUCUGAAGCGGACGCUUCGGUGGAGGACAGCCCGGUGAAACUGGACAGCAAGGCUGAAACCGACAAACCAGCACCAGUUCGGCGGCAGAGUUGCUCAAGUACCAACAAGGAUGUGUCUUCAGCGAAGAAAACACACACAUCUCAGAUUGAGAGUAUUCCCUGUAAAAUCUGUGGAGAUAAAUCAUCAGGGAUUCAUUAUGGUGUUAUCACCUGUGAGGGAUGCAAGGGUUUCUUCAGGAGGAGUCAGCAGGGCACUGUGUCAUAUUCAUGUCCUCGGCAGAAGAGCUGUCUGAUCGACCGUACCAGCAGAAACCGCUGCCAGCACUGUCGCCUGCAGAAAUGCUUAGCAGUGGGCAUGUCAAGAGAUGCUGUGAAGUUUGGCCGAAUGUCUAAGAAGCAGAGGGACAGUCUUUUUGCAGAGGUUCAGAAGCACCGUCAACAGCAGCAGGAGGAGAAAGUGGGUGAUGACACAGAGAAGGGGCGGGAACCUCAAACUCCUGGAGAGGCGGAGCCACUCACACCCUCUUACGCCCUGUCCACCAAUGGCGUCACAGAGCUCCCAGAUGACCUCAGUGGAUACGUGAACGGUCAGACCCCAGAGGAGGGAAAGGCAGAUUCAGCAGUUGGUGGAUUUUACCUGGACAUUCAGCCUUCUCCAGACCAGUCAGGUCUAGACAUGGACGGCAUUAAACUAGAACCUGUGUGUGACCUCAGCUCAGACUCUGGCUUAGAUCAAUAUUGUUGCUAUAGCAAUGGAGACUCUUCACCUCCUGACAACGACCUAGAACAUCUGUCAGAGAACAUCUGCAAGUCUCACAUGGAGACGUGCCAGUAUCUUCGAGAAGAGCUACAGCCCAGCAACUGGCAGACAGUUUUACAGACCGACCUGGACGCGUACCAAAAGAAGUCUCAGGAGGACAUGUGGCAGCUGUGUGCGGUUAAAGUCACUGAAGCUGUGCAGUACGUGGUUGAGUUUGCCAAGCGCAUUGAUGGAUUCAUGGAGCUCUGUCAGAACGAUCAGAUCGUGCUGCUCAAAGCAGGUUCUUUAGAAGUUGUGUUCGUGAGGAUGUGUCGGGCAUAUAACUCCCAGAACAACACUGUCUUUUUUGACAGCAAGUACGCUGGGCCGGAGGUCUUCAAAGCAUUGGGCUGUGAUGAUCUUAUCAGCUCCGUGUUCGAGUUUGCGAAGAGCCUGAACUCUCUACAGCUCAGUGAAGAUGAGAUUGGCCUGUUUUCAGCAUACGUGCUGAUGUCUGCAGAUCGAUCCUGGCUGCAGGAGAAGACCAGAGUGGAGAAACUCCAGCAGAAGAUCAAGAUUGCCCUCCAGAACCUCCUGCAGAAGAACCAGAGGGAUGAGGGAAUUCUCACAAAGCUUGUCUGUAAAGUGUCCACCGUUCGGAUGUUAUGCCGUCGCCAUAUGGAGAAACUGAGCUCAUUCAGAGCUCUCUACCCAGAAACGGUCCACACACGCUUCCCUCCGCUCUAUAAGGAGCUGUUUGGCUCAGACUUUGAGCAGGUUCUGCCUCAGGAGGCCUGAUAGACACUUCUUGAUCCUAAUACUGCACAGAUUCAGAAAAAAAAAAACGAUGGAGAGAGAGAUAAUACUAACAUGCUGACAAGAACUCUAAGCUCACUUCAGCCUCAGCUCAUGUACACUUCAUUCUCACAAAGCACUUCUCAGAGUCCAGCCACACUUUGAACUUGCCCCAUUGGCCGUGCACCAGAAGGCUGGCGGUCUGAAGAAGAGGAAACUUCAGAUGCGAUGAAAAGAAAAAAAAAAAACUGGUGAUGUCUUGUAAUAUGCAUCAGAGCAUUCCUCCAUGCCACAGCUUUAUGGUUCAGCCUCCUGUUCUGACUGCAUGAGAUCUCAGUGGAAACGCCCACUGCAUUUGACUGCCCCAGCAGCGCUCUCUACUGGCCACAGACAGCAAUGAGGUGUCUGGCUGGGGAAGACGAAGACAGGAAAUGAACGUCUGGAGCUGAAAUCCCUGUCUUUCUUCUCUGGUGCCACAAUGAACAGCCCACGUUGGUGCUAAUGUCACAGCACUGCCCUUUACUGACCUCUUCCAGUAUACACACGUUCAGCAGGGACAUCAUUUGGCGAAACCACUGCCCCAGCCCCAGGAGAAGACAGUGGACAAGGCACGACAUGGGACUCAAACUAUGAGACCUGAAUCAAUCAUACUGAAACUUUUAUGAUCAAACGGCAUACUCUGAGGCAGUGAGCUCAAAUACGUGCAUAUAUACUUGUUAUAUGGUUAGUUAAAUCAUGCAAUGUGUGAUGUAUAGAACCUAAUGAAAGGUAGCACUUUGUGUUUUUCCCAGCAAUAAACGAUUUCAAUUCAAUUUGUGAAAAAAAAAAAAAAAAUUUGAA